AUGUCAGCAGUUUCAGUGCAGCGGCGACUGUUUUCCGCCGUCUCAGCUUUGCUCAAGGAGAGCCAAGUCAAGAGAACAAUCAAGCCCGCGUUUAAGCCCCACUACUCGAACCCCAAGAAUGAAACAAGAUCAUUCAUGAAAAAUCUACCUUUGACAACCCCAGAAAUCAAGCCAUGGGAUGCAGAAGGGAUAACAAAGGACCGGUUUUUCAAAAGGAAAUACGGCAAGAUGUCCGAUGAGAGGAGACAGGCUUUGCAGGAGAAAGUAGCUAGACAGCGAAGAUUUCGCGCUAUGAAGAAGGAGCACGAAGCUAGAAAGAGAGAGGAGGAAUGGGCCCAGCGAAACCCGGGCAAAGUGAGGCGCAACCCGCAUGAGAGCCGUCAAACUGCCAAGGAUAUAAUUGGCGGAGGCGGCCCAUUUGGCCCGUUUUUCGAGUUUGUUUAUGGCACCCAUGCCGUCAAGGCCGUGCUCGAGGCGCGAAGACGCCCCGUUUUAGGGUUGUACACUUUCAACUGUAGUGACGACCAGGUUUUGAAGCGGGCGGAAACAGAGUAUGGAGUCAAGGUGGAAACGGUGAAGGACAAGAACGUGUUGAACAUAUUGACGAAUAAUGGUGUACACAACGGGCUAGUUUUAAAGACCAAGCCUUUGGAUGUGCCGUAUAUACAGGAACUUGGCCACUCGAAAAAUGGUGAAUACAAAAUCACCACGGAAAGUGAAAAUGGCAGUUGGGUUGAGCAAACCAAGAGAGUGGUGAGGGCAGAAGCCGUGGGGUUGAAAGAAUUGGAGGAGGAAAAAAAAGAAGAAGAAGAAGAAGGAGAACAAGUUUAUCCACUUGGUUUGUAUUUGGACGAAAUCACCGAUCCUCAUAAUAUCGGAUCGAUACUAAGAUCGGCCUAUUUCUUUGGUGUUGAUUUUGUUGUGAUUCCGAACCACGCGAGUGCAAAAAUGGGUCCCGUUGCAAAUAAAUCUUCGGCGGGAGCUUUGGACUUGAUUGAUGUGUACCAAGCCAGUAGCGGGCUACAAUUUAUCGAUAAAGCCAAGGAAAACGGCUGGAAUGUGAUUUCAACGAGUGGCAGCAAACCCGAUUCGCAAACAAAGGAUAAACACGAAGAGAUGUUGCGCAACAAGUUUAUCAAGUUGGCUAAUUUGAAAACAGUAUUGAAAAGAACACCAGUGAUGCUAGUUAUCGGGAGCGAAGGUGCUGGUGUCCGGACCAAUUUGAAGCUUCGAAGCGACUAUUUGGUUGAAAUACCGAAACUUCGAAGCGGCGAUGACAUUGUUGACUCGUUGAAUGUUGGAGUGGCCACCGGAGUUGUUAUCCAAAGCUGUAUAUAG